GUUAGCGUCCUUGGUCUGCAUAUCUUUGAACGCGUAGUCAUGGGUAUGAAUUGGGGAAAUCCCUAUAUUUGGGCCGUCCUGUUUCUAUUCUCCAUUUUUAUUCUUGGCUAUAAAAUCCUCCCAAUUCGGGAGACUUCAUUAUUCUCUUCAAGUAUUAUUCCAUUGCAAUUGUUCAUUGUUCGAUUUUAAAGCAGCCUUUAAGCCGAGCAUUCGAAGGGGAAAAAAACCGUGUGAAAAGUCAAUGACGUAAACGCGUGACGCACGCACGCAUUCUGGUGACUACUUCAGGGCCGAGUCAAAAGACGUUCACUUCCGCCAUGGAGACUCUGUCGACGCUGUAGAAUAAGAGGACUCGCUCAGUCUUUUUUUUUCCGGACACUGGCUAGCAGCGUUCCCCAAAUUUAAUUUCAAGAACUCACAAGUAACCGUAACCUUUAAGCCAAUCCAAAUGAAUAUAAUUCAGAGACCGAAACUGGCCGCGUUAAACAUGACCGGAGUCAUGAGCUGCAUUAUUCUCCCUCAAAAUGGAGUCGCGCCCAUGCGACAGCUCGCAAUGGGCUCGGCGAAGGACUCCCACAACGGCAACGCGGGGACAAACGACACCCCGAAGCGGCCCAGCGCCCUCGGGGUGAACUCCGCGAACGGCUACCCAUCAAAACCGCAGCGGGAGGACAGCGAGGACACCGACAACGACUCGCUGCCGUGCACCCCGGAGUCGGACAGCGAAACCGACGUCUCCGACUCCCCGGCGGGGGCCGCGGCUCUGGAGAGCGACACGAGGCAACUCCUCGGCCGCUUCCUGAGAGAAUUUACGGGACUGUCGAAAACCCAGUGGAACCCGAGCAGGGAGCUCACCACCAUGAAGAGGGUGGUGGGCGACGUUUUGGAGAAGCACAGAUACGUAUUCAAUGGUAUGGUGAACAAAUUGUCACUGGACGACCGAGGCGACGACGCCAGUUUCGUGCGGGAGGUCGCCACGAGCCUCUUCGCGGACGGCACCACGAACUGGGGCCGCAUCGCCAGCCUGGUGGCCUUCGGGGCGGUGGUGUGCCAACACCUGGCGGAGCGAGGCCGGGGGAACUGCGUGGAGCUGGUGGGGCAGGAGAUCUCGGCCUACCUGCUGUCGGACCAGCGGGACUGGCUGAUCAAAAACAACGCCUGGGUUGGCUUCGUUGAGUUCUUUCGAGUAGCAGACCCAGAGUCUGCGGUGAGGAACACUCUCAUGGCUGUGGCUGGAUUCGCUAGUAUUGGGGCGACACUGGCCCUGUUGAUCAGUGGACCUUCAAAAGUGCAAAGGCAGCUUCUCACCAUUGAAUUGUUGCAGAUCGUGCGCUCUCAGAGGGGAGGACACCUUUUCACCUUGAAUCCAUUCCUCAUUCCAACUGUAAUGCUGCACACACCCAUCGAUGCAGUUAUUCCGAAGAACAUUGCAUGACCACACGGCUGCAGCGUGAUGUGAGCACCAGACCUUCUCCGACAUCCGGCUCUGGACUAUGACCUGCGCCUGCGAGGAAGCUUGAUUGAAGAAAGUUAUUUGUGAUGACUUACUCAUUGUUUUAUCGUCUGUCUGAAACAGCAGCAAUCCGAACAGAACUUUGGAUAACGGCUGAUAUUGAUCUGAUACCAGUGUUUGUUUAAUUAUCUACAAAUGAUUGUGAAAACAGUGAAUCAUGCACCAACAGCUUGGCAACAACACAUUUUAAAGCAACGUGAAGGACAACCAAUGUAAACCUGUUUGAUUUAGCAAUACAUAUUUUAUUAUUCAAGAUAUUUUAGUACAGUCAAACCUUAUGGAAAACCAAUCUCAUAAUAUUAUUCAUAGUAUAAGCUGAGUUCACUACAAGGAAUUGCUCUGCUUUUUGCACUUUACAAUGUAUAUUAAAGUUUAUUUUCCUAAACCAGA